AGGAGCGGCCGCCACAGGACGCCUGGCUCGGCCCAGUCACCGGUUCGGGGCUUCUCGCCUUUAACGGCCGGCCUGUUGCUCCGAGCCCGCGGCGGCGGGGGCGCCGGCGGCGGCGGGCGGCAUGCGCGUGUGAGAUGUGGCCGCGGGCAGCCCGGACGCGAGCAGCUGCCGCCGCGGUAGCAGAGAAGUGGGGCGCGGCCUCCUCAGCGCGGGGCGCGCAGUGCAUGAGGGCGAGCACGCGGGCGCUGGGCAGCCGCCGGCCACGCCGCCUUCAUAAACACUUGUUUAGGACUCGUUCGCCCCGCUGAGGCCCCGGCGCCCCGCCAUGGAGGCCCCGCCCGACCCCGGGCCCCACGCCUCGGCCUCGGCUUCGGCCGCGGCGCCGCUGCGCGCCCCAGAGGUGGCGCGGCUCCGCGAGGAGCAGGAAAAGGUGGUCACUAACUGCCAAGAGAAAAUCCAGCAUUGGAAGAAAGUAGAUAAUGACUAUAAUGCCCUUGAAGAAAGACUCAGUACCUUGCCUGAUAAGUUGUCUUAUAAUAUCAUGGUACCAUUUGGCCCCUUUGCCUUCAUGCCAGGAAAACUUGUCCAUACUAAUGAAGUCACUGUUUUACUUGGGGACAAUUGGUUUGCAAAAUGUUCAGCAAAGCAGGCUGUGGGCUUAGUUGAGCACCGGAAAGAACAUGUAAGAAAAACAAUAGAUGAUUUAAAAAAAGUGAUGAAAAAUUUUGAAUCCAGAGUUGAAUUCACAGAAGAUUUGCAGAAAAUGAGUGAUGCUGCAGGUGAUAUUGUUGACAUAAGAGAAGAAAUUAAAACUGACUUUGAAUUUAAAGCAAAACACCGAAUUGCUCAUAAACCUCACUCCAAACCAAAAACUUCAGGUAUUUUUGAAGCAGAAUUCUCAAAUGAUCUAAAAUCCAAGGAUCUGCUUGCUGAUAAGGAGCUGUGGGAUCGACUUGAAGAAUUAGAGAGACAAGAAGAAUUGCUGGGUGAAAUUGAUAUUGAUAGUAAGCCUGAUACUUUGAUUGCAAAUGGAGAAGAUACGUCCUCUGAAGAGGAAAAGGAAGAUCAGAACAUAAAUGUGAAUAUGAUGAAUCAAGUAAUGGACUCUCUCACUCCCAGCAAUUGUUAUCAGAAUGUUACAAAUUCAGAACUGUUCAAUGGUCAAGUGAAUAGUCAAUGGAACUGUUCAAUUAAUGGUUCAAAUUCUUAUCACAAUAAUGAAGAUGAAGAAGAAGAUGAUGAUGAUGGUGGUGAUAAUGAAAAUGACCAUGAUACCUUAGGGGCUGAAGAUAAUUCUAUACCAACAAUAUAUUUUUCUCAUACUGUCGAACCUAAGAGGGUACGAAUAAAUACUGGAAAAAAUACCACUUUAAAAUUCAGUGAAAAGAAAGAAGAAGCCAAACGUAAGCGAAAGAACAGCUCUGGCAGUGGUCAUUCUCCCCAAGAGCUGCCUAUGAUCAGGACUCCUGCUGACAUUUACAGAGUCUUUGUUGAUAUCGUGAAUGGAGAAUAUGUCCCUCGUAAGUCCAUCCUGAAGUCUCGCAGUAGAGAGAACAGUGUUUGCAGUGAUACCAGUGAAAGCAGUGCUGCUGACUUUGAUGAUAGACGGGGAGUCUUGAGGAGCAUUAGCUGUGAAGAGGCCACUUGUAGGGAUGCUAAUGAGAGCAUUUUGGACGAGGAACAACAAGAAAAUCAUCAAAAGAAACUUUUUCCUUUAUCAGUAACACCUGAGGCUUUUUCUGGAACUGUAAUAGAAAAAGAAUUUUUGUCACCUUCCUUAACACCACACCCAGCCAUGGCUCAUCCUGUGCUACCCACCAUUCCAGAACGAAAAGAAGUUCUGUCAGAAGUAUCAGAAGGAACUACAAAGAGGGUUUCAAAGUUCAAAGCUGCCAGAUUGCAGCAGAAAAACUAGGGCCUGCUUAGCAAAUGGGAGUUUACAUCCUAAAACCUAGUUUUGCAAUUUUUUAGAAUAAAUAUAGCAAAAUAUGUUACAUGUAAUUUGAAAUAAGCCAUCCUGAGUUAAUUUGACAGCAAGUUCUCUUACUGUUAUCAAUGGUGUUAAAAAGAAAUCAAAGUAAAUAUUUAAAUACUUUAAUAUUCAGCUUGUUUCGUUAAUUCUCUGAAUACUGUCAGCACUCUUGUUUAAGUUUGCCUUAUGAAGUAGUGGCAGCAUUUUGAAUUAUUUUUCAAAGAAUACUGUUCAUAUGCAUUGUUUUUGUGUUUUGAACUAAAUACUGGCAGUUUUGUACCAGCUGUGAUAUUGUGCAUACCAUAUGGACCAUUUUAAAGAAACUUUUAAAAUUUCAAGUAGAUUCAACAAUUAUAUUACUUGCUUUAGCAUUUUAAAGGCACUUUAAAAAAAUCUACUUCUUGUAGGUUUUGCAGCUAGGUGGCUAUUUAAAAAAUCUCUCCCUCUUUGACUGUCAUUCUGUAAUCUCUAAGACAGAAAGCUGCAUGUACCCAAGGGAAAGUUUCUUUGAUUGGAAUAAUGGUAUUUUGUAAAUUUUUUUUAAGUAAAAAUUUUAUGAAACUUGGUCUCUAAAAUGUUGUGAACUUUAUGAUUCAGAAUCAAAUAUAGAAAAGUCUUUGAUUCAUAUAUAUGUUACAUGCACCACACAAUGGAUCCUUGAAUUCUUAUAAAUCCAUAGGCAGUUCUUCCCUAGUGUGUGCAGUUUUAACUGGCAUUAUAUUUUGGGAGAGAAGGAAAGGUUGUCUAGAUGAUAAAAAUAAAUAAGUAAAUAGAUAAAUAAAUAAAUAAAAUUUUAAAAUAAGAAAUUGUAUGUUUUAAUCUCCCAGACAUUUUCGUUCUUAACGGUUACUUUCCUAGUAGUAAAUGAUUGAAAAACAUAUUUACUUUUGGUAGAACUCCUUAAAAUAAAGAGAAAUUUAUCCUAACAUUGAAAAUUACACUGCAAGUGUUAAUCAUUAGCUUGAUGCAUGCUAAAAUGUAGCUUUUAAAAAGCAUUCUGCAUUAGUACUAAAAUAAGCCAUCAAGGCCAGUCCACCCUCCUCUGUUCAUGGCUAAAUAUUUAAAGGUUAUUUAUAGCUUCUUUAAUGAAUUCUUGCUUAAACAAAGUGAAAUUAUGUCCUAGAAAAGUAGAACCUAUCUGUAACUAGAACAGCACAACUGUAAAAGUUUUAUGAAUAUGUAUUUUAAUAAUAAGGGGGUGAGCCUGAAUCCCCACAAGUUAAUGGAUAAUUCAGAUCAGAACAGAGGACUGAUUUUAAAAGAUUGCCUAAAAAUGUAGAAGAUUUGUUCUUUAGCAAAUUUUGAUCAACUGUGCAUGUAUUUUUAGUUAAAAACUUUUUCUCUCAGCCAAUCCCCCACAAAAAAGAAAACAACCAAGAGUACAAUCACAUACACACAAAGGAGCCCCCAACUCCAACUGCUUGUCAAGUGAGCCUUUCUGUGUUAGAUUUUCCCCCAGAAACAAACUUCACUGUGGGAUUAUUCUGGUGUUCUUUACAGACAUAUAAUUUCAAGAGUAUUGUCAUUAAAUAAUUUCUCAUGUUCUUCAACUUCA